AUGGCUGUGAAGGUCAAUUCCUCCAUCAGUAGUUCCAUCACAGAAAGUGACCACAAUGUCCCCCAAAAAGGUAGACUGAGGAAGUCCAGAUCGAAAUCCAAGUACCCAGCAACACGUAGGCUGCUGCUGAAGACCAAGCUUCUGAAGAAGGCAGAUAGUCUCCUGGUAAAGGAAAAAGAGCAGAAGAAAAUAGAGCGAGACAAUGCUCUGAAUGAGAGAGUGCCUCCUCUAAAGCUCACUGGACUCUCAGUACAGGCGCUUCAGGAACUUUGUAAAGAUUUGCACCAAAAGAUUGACAUUGUGGAUGAGGCUCGAUAUGACCUUUCGGUAAAAGUGGCCAGAAAUGAUUCAGAGAUUCAAUCACUGCAGCAGAAGAUCUAUGAACUGAAAGGGAAAAUGAGCAGACCCAAACUGAAGAGAGUGAAGAAGUCAGCGGAUGACAAGUUGGGAGCUCUGACAGACACCAAGCUCAUGAAGGCUGACUUCAAAGCCAACUUGAAGACUGUGAAGAAGGAGGAUGAAAAGAAAGAGGAGGUGACAGACUGGAGGAAGAAUGUGGAAGCUAUGUCUGGGAUGGAGGGCAGGAAGAAACUUUUCAAUGCUGGACAGUGAACUAACAAAUGUCGCAGAAAAUCUACGUUUGAUUAAUAAGAAAUAUUUCUCCUAAAGAACUCUGUAUGGACUCUUCUUGAUAUUUUUUUCUUGUGUGUGUGUAUAUGUGUCUGUUUUAUUGUGUGAUGGUUGAAUAUUCCAAAAAUGUAAAGAGAUGAGGCAUUUAUGUCUUGUGUAGAGUACUGAGUGUUGAUUUGCAGCUAAAUUAUGGAGCAUAUUAUCAGGAGAGAUAGUUAGAUGGUAGAACAACAUUAUAUUCCUAUCAUACCAACUGUGUAAAUAUUUGAUUCAUAUUCAGUGUGAUUAGGCUGAAUAAAUUUACUCUGUUUCCUCACCAAA